AUGCUGCGCGCUGGGAAAGUUCUGCUGCCGGUUUUGAGAAGAAAAGGAGAUUUAGCAGAGUUUUAUAAAGUUUUAAAUGUUUCGAAAAGUUCGUCAUUAAAAGAAAUAGCGACAUCUUACUUCGACCUGGCAAAACAGCACCACCCAGAUCAUGGAGGAGAAGAAGAAGUUUUCAGGGCGAUUCACAAAGCCUAUCGAGAAUUGAAAAAAGUUCACAAAGGAGGAGCGAUUGAUUUCGUCGAAGCAGAACUUUCAAACCGAGUCCCGCCAGAAGAUGCCAAGCUGAUUUUUGGCGAUGAAGAUGAAGGAUCGUAUUGGGAGAAGAAAAAGGCGAAGAUUAGGGCGCUUUUGGGAGAACAGAAAUUUGCGAUCAAGGGAAAGGGCGAUCCUUGGUCCGGCUUUCUCUACCGCGUUCAAGAAGCACCACACAUGACGGAUGGUUUUUCCGAAUUCUACUGCCUCUAUCUCCACGCUGCUUAUAAUUCUCAAGCGCUGAACACGACGAUUUUAGAAGUUAUUGAUUAUAUGGUCGACAAGACUUAUUUUAUCCAUCUUGACGAGAAAAAAGCUGAUAAAUACGAGUACGACUGGAACGACGACGAUGACGAUUUCAUCCUUAUUUCGCUCGACGGAAUUUACAAACAAAUCUACAUCGGCCGAGACAUGCCGAUAGAAUACGGCCGAACAAGUUUAUCCCUGCAGCCAAUCAUUUCUGAAGUGGUCGAAGAUUUUCAAUAUUAUCUCGAAUAA